GAUGACGCCGGGAGGAUUGUGUACAUGACAUGUCGCCUCUCCGGAAAGUCUUCGAAAAAUUCAAUAGUACAAGUGAGAUGUAUUGUUGUACCAGUGAUAAUACCAGUGACAACAAACGACGAUGGGAACUGUCGGAAUUUGUUUUUUAUGUAUUCUACGGAAAUAAAUAAGAGAUCCGUAACAUACGCUAGCCGUGAUUAUUCGACGAGCGACGAUAUCGUGCAGGAUCUAAUAAUUUUUGCGUGACACGCUCGUUUCUUGCCAAUUUCGUCGAUCAAGGUUGCUGCUGUAUACCUAUCUCGAUAUGGAAGAGGAUAGGAAGCAAAGUUUUCUUUCUUCUUUUACAUGGCUCCUACGAAAAGAUUAAUCAUACUUUUUGCAUAUUCCUCUACAGGAAAAUUAACAAAGCGUCGAUCAUUAUACUUUUGAAACCUAUCCACUAUCUCUCUUGUAAAUGGCAAAUUGCUAAUGUUUUGACAGUCAAAACUUUUUGACUGUAGCGAGGAAGAAUUUGAUGCAAGGAUAAGAACAAUACUAAUAUAUAGAAUAUGAGCUCGCAUCACCACUUGAAUUCGUCGUCCGGUGAAAUAGAUCACGUUCACUUCGUUUCCGAGGAUAUCGGAGCUUUGUAUCUUUCCGAGGAAUAUUCGGAUGUGACGUUAGUGGUGGCAGGUCACAAAUUUUAUAGCCACAAACUCAUUCUUGCCGCGCGUAGCGAGUAUUUUCGGGCACUACUGUUUGGCGGUAUGAAGGAAUCUAUGCAAAAUGAAAUAGAAGUGAAUGCCUCCUCGUUGCCUGCAUUUAAAAAUUUGCUCAAGUAUAUAUACACCGGGCGUAUGUCUCUCGCUAACGAACGCGACGAGACAAUACUCGAUAUUCUCGCAUUAGCACAUUUGUAUGGAUUUGUGGAUCUUGAAGCUGCUAUAUCCGAUUAUCUCAGAGAAAUAUUAAACAUAAAGAAUAUAUGUUCAAUUCUGGAUACUGCACUUUUGUAUCAGUUAAAAUUUCUAACUAAUGUUUGUUUAGAAUACAUGGAUAAACAUGCAUCUGAAAUUCUUCAGCAUGAGAGUUUUCUACAAUUGAGCCCAACAGCUUUAAGUGAAUUAAUCUCCAGGGAUUCAUUCUAUGCACCAGAGUUAGACAUUUUUUUAGCUGUAGAUUCGUGGGUCAAAACCAAUCCCGAAGUUAAUAACAGGGAAGUUAUAGCUCAAUUAAGAUUGAGUCUGAUUUCAAAAGUAGACCUUGUGACUGUCGUAAGAAAAGCCACAUUCAUGACAGACACAGAUAUUGUAAACGCGGUUUACGUGCAGUUACUAGGAAAACAAUCAGAACUACCCUACCGCGGACGUUUGCUCAUCGACGAAAACGUUGCUCAUCCUAUGCAUGGUGCCCAAGUGUUACAAGGCGAAAUGCGUAGCUAUCUACUUAAUGGAGAUACUAAAAACUAUGACAUGGAACGUGGUUACACAAGGCAUACCAUAACCGAUACACAAGAACACGGGAUUUUAAUAAAAUUGGGGACACAAUAUAUCAUAAAUCAUGUUAAAAUGUUAUUAUGGGAUCGAGAUAUGCGCUCCUAUUCUUUUUUCAUAGAGGGAUCUGUGGAUCAAAAUGAAUGGGUCAAGCUUGUCGAUUAUACAGAGUAUUUUUGUCGCAGUUGGCAAUAUUUAUAUUUUCCACCAAGAGUAGUUCUUUAUAUUCGUAUUGUAGGAACAAAUAAUACAGUUAAUAAAGUUUUUCAUGUUGUCCAUUUUGAAGCACAUUAUACAAAUCAUACAGAGCAACUUUCCAAAGGUUUUAUUGUACCAACACAAAAUAUUGCUGUUACAGAAAAAAGUGCAUCUGUCAUUGAAGGUGUAAGCAGGGUACGUAAUAAUUUACUGAAUGGAGACACAACUAAUUAUGAUUGGGAUAGUGGUUAUACAUGUCAUCAACUUGGUUCUGGAUCUAUUCUAGUGCAAUUAGGCCAACCAUAUAUGAUCGAUUCUAUGCGAUUUCUACUUUGGGAUUGCGAUAAUCGCUCUUAUUCAUAUACUGUGGAAGUAUCGGGCAAUUCCUGGAGCUGGGUAAUGGUCGCUGAUAAAAGAAAGGAAUUGUGUCGGUCUUGGCAAAUAAUACACUUUUAUCCACCCCGUCCAGUAGUUUUUAUACGUAUAGUGGGGACUCACAAUACUGCAAACGAGGUAUUUCAUUGUGUUCACUUUGAAUGCCCAGCGCAAUUUGAUGAUAAAUCUCCGAAAUCACCAACACAACGAGGGCAUUCGUCAACAUCGUCAAACGGUAACAAUCCCUUACCUCCUCCACCUCCCGAAGUAGCUACGGAAGCAGUUCAUAUCGAUAGCGAUGAAUAACUAAAGUAAAGAGUAAAUAAUAUAAUAGCGAAAAACACGCAAAUAACUCUAUUGAUGAUUCUGAUGAUAGUUGCCGCUCUUGUUCUUUGAGCUAGAAUUUGGAUUCGUCAAAUGACCUCGAUACAACUUCUAAGACUGUUCAAUAAUAAUUGAAUAUCAGAUCAUAAUUAAUCAUCUUGUUUCUCGUUUAAAAAUUCUAUUUCUGUUUUUUCUUAUCAUCACUCUUCGAUGACUCUCUUUAGGUGUAAAUAAUACACGCGCGGCAGCUGCCAAUUUCAUAAUUACAAAGGUAUACAAAUUAGUCAUAUUUUAUACAAAUACUCGAUAAAAUUGUGUAACGUUAUGAUAGAUUUUUUAUUUGAUUCUUAUGUAAAAUUUUAUUUUUUUACGGAAAAAUGGUUGUAAUAUUUGAAAGUGUAUUAUUAUUACAUGUAUUGUUAUUACUUGUAUUGUUAUUAUUACAUGUAUUGUUUAAUAUUACAUGUGAUUUCAUGUUUUUUUGAAUAGUUGUUUUAAUUAUUAAUUAAUGUAAAAUUUGCAAACUAUGCUGUAGAAUCAUGUUCCUUAUUAUAUAUAAUCAUUUUUCCUUAUCCAAAUUCUUGAUUUUAAUUAUAAAGGUGUGUAAAUAUAAUUGAAUAUAUUAUAAUACUACACUCUCAUAUAUAUAUAAUAUUUAUCUGCCAAUUCUU